CAAACAGCGCGCGCAGUGAUGACGUAGCACCGUUGUUUCCCUGACGACAACAAAUAUGGAGGAGUAUGCUCGUGAACCCUGUCCCUGGAGGGUAGUGGAUGACUGUGGGGGGGCUUUCACUAUGGGCACUAUUGGAGGAGGGGUGUUCCAGGCCAUCAAGGGCUUUCGUAAUGCCCCCGCUGUGAGUACACCACAACAUAAUAACAAUUAUGACGAGCCUCAUUGUGUUGUUUUAAAGGCGGUAUUAAACAUAGCUUUAAUAUUUCAGGGUGUCGGACACAGACUGAGAGGAAGUGCAAACGCAGUGAGAGUCAGAGCUCCGCAGAUUGGAGGUAGCUUUGCUGUAUGGGGGGGUCUCUUCUCCACCAUCGACUGUGGUUUGGUUCGUCUGAGAGGGAAAGAGGAUCCGUGGAACUCGAUAACCAGCGGCGCGCUGACCGGAGCCAUCCUGGCCGCUCGCAGUGGGCCGUUGACCAUGGUGGGCUCGGCCAUGAUGGGGGGGAUUCUGCUCGCCCUCAUUGAAGGAUUUGGGAUCCUCCUCACCAGAUAUUCAGCGCAGCAGUUUCAGAACCCUCUUCCCUUUGCAGAGGAUCCGAGUCAGUUGCCUCAGAAGAACUGAGGCCACUACUGUGGGGACAAGUAGCUGCACUUUAUUCUUAUACCUCAGGGAGUUUACUGUGAGUUUUAGUUAUUUAUCAUUUGAAUGUUGUGACAUGUUUGCACCUCCAGCAUCUCACGUUCUGUAUUAUCUGUUCACGUCGAUAUGUUUGGGUCAAAUGUGCAAAUCUGAUAUGUGUUUUAAAUUAACCAACAUCUAUUUAUAAGCCCUUGUGAUGCUCCUUCUAAACAGUUUUCCGAUUUCUUAAAGCACCCAUGUCAUGCUUUUCCGGUUAUCACCCGUCCCCUUGUGUUAUGAAGGUUGUUCUGCAUGUAAACGGUCUGCAGAGUCACAAACCCUCAAAGUACACCCUGUAGCGAGUAAAACU